UUUUGUACUUUUUCGCGUUAAUGAGGGAAUGAGACUUUUUUUGCGGAAAAUACGAAUUUUUCACACAUAAUCCUCGGAAGAAGGGUGUGAAAUGGCUCAAUUUAGGCCAGCUGGUUUAUCAGAUGAAGAUUCAGACAGCGAUGAUUAUGGAUUUUAUGAAAAACCGGCAAGAAAUUAUCAUCCUGUGCAGCAACACAAUGAGAGGAAGAAGAUAGAACUGAAUUUACAGGAUGCUAUUAUCAAUGGAAAUGUCUUGGAGGUGGAGAAAAUUGUUGCCUGUGAUCUAAACAAUGAAGUGAAUUUGAAGUUGGACAGUGGAUGGACACCAUUGAUGCAUGCCUGCUUCCAUGCACAGGAGAAAAUUGUGCGGUUGCUGCUGGAUCAGGGUGCCGACCCCAACUUACAUGCAGAUUCAGUGACUCCCAUAAUGGUGGCAUGUUCAAACAGCAGUGCAGACAAUGACACCUGCUACAACAUAGUGACGAGCCUCAUUGAGAAGAGCUGCAUCUUAAACAUCGGAGACAGAUAUGGGCAGACUCCGCUUAUGAGGGCCAUCGGCAGUGGCAGAGUGGCUGUCGUACAAAAACUCCUCGAUAGCGGGGUCAAUAUCGAGAUGAGAGACCAGCAGGGGUGGACAGCAGUGUUCUGGGCGGUGCACCACAACCAACCUGAGAUCCUGGAGAUGCUCAUAGCGCAGGGCGCGAGGCUGCACGAAGUGGACAAGUCUGCACGGACUCCCAUCGACAUAGCAGACUCACAUGACUACCAGAACAUCGUCGAGAUACUCCAGAAACAACUCAAACCGGCCGGCGAUAACGCUGACGACGUCGACAACACAGAGUUUCUGCACAAGAUGACGUCAUGGCAUGAAUUCUAUCCUGGAAUUAAUAAAGGAGAAAAAAUAACAUACACAAGCGAGAUCCCCCAUCUGUUAUAUGGUAUGAACUGCGAAUACAUGUCGUCGAAGGUCCUCAGCAGCGGCAUGGACUUGAGGACAUUCCUCUUGAUGGACAACACUGAUAUGAGCAAGUUAGGUGUGGAGAUGCCCUUUGAACAGCAACGGCUGAGACUCGGACUGCGCAACUUCCAUCUAAGGGGGUGGAAACUGAAUGCCGUGUCAGGACUUUACGCGGCGAGGAAAGCUGAUAAUUUUAGUGCAUUAGAUUGUUUGACCACACUUGGCUCCCACUUACAACAAGUAUACAUAUUGGAAGCCACAUUACAAUACACCCUACGAGAAUACAAAAAGAUUCAAAAUCAGUUGAAGUUUGAACCUCCAGACUCUCCCCUCAUCAAAAGACUGAAGCAAGCCUCAAAGAAUAUACUCACAAAUAUUAAUAGUAUUAGAAGAGAAACUAACAAUAUGAAGGUUGCAUUGACUAAGAUAAGUACAAAUAAUCCUGAGCCUGCCGAUUUUAUCAAAGAGAAGUCCGCUCAAGAGGUAGCUUUAGGUUACGUUUCCGAAGUAGUGGUGAUCUGCUCCCUGGGCUACCUAGUAUACCACGCCAAAAACUUUCUAGCUGGACUCGCCAAUACUGUCGCCAAAUAGUUCCUUUAUAUAAACCGUUGAACAAUA